AUUGACACAAGCAGGAGAUGCUGAAGAGGACAGAAAACACCAUAACAGGAUCAUAUAGAUGGAUGUUAUUUCAUCAGGCGGGCAACCCGAAGGCAGCCCACGCAGAGGAUAAACCACUUAUGGACGCAGUGGAUUAAAGAUAUAGAGACAGACUGAGAGAGGGGGAAUAGAGGAGGAUAAAUUAAUCAAUUCAGUUGUUUAUUUUCAUUGUCUGUGUGUGUGCACUUGCUGCCAGAAAGAUUGUGUGUGUGCCUACAAAUCGUGUGUGUGUGCAUCAGGCUGGAGACUGCAUUGCUGCUCCCCGGCACAAACAGGACAGACAACAAAAAGAAGGCAGCCAAGCAGAUUACCUUAUGUGAUUUCUGUCUCUUCCUCUCUCUAUGCGUGUGUGUGUUCCUUCCAUGCACAACCAGGCACAUUGUGUGUGUGAAGGCUGAGAAUAAGAAGAGGAUGGGGAAGCUUGAAGUGAUCUACAGAUUCUAAGCCUGACUUUAAAUGGUCUUCUAUUUUGUCUGAUCAUCAGGACCGGACUCAAAGAAAGAACUGUCUUUUUCUUCAUCCCUCAACACACAGCUCAAGUUUGGGCAUUGCUGUUGAUCAGAUGGUUUGCUUCUUUGCCGGAGAAUUAGAGGAUUGAAGGGUUGCCACCGGGGAGUCUUCUCGACUCUACACCCAAGAGAGGUGGGGGCAUCAUCAGGUAGGAGGCAGCAGAACGCGGGGGUCUGAGCGCAAAGCCAGAGAGGAGUAGGAGGAAGAGUUGUGCGUGUGUGUCGUUGACUGUGUAGGCAGGCCAAGGGGCCAGCCGGGGGGCCGGAGAUGGUUUUAACUCCUGCUGAGAGAGGAUAAUGGCAGCUCUGGGCCCACUCCCCUCCUCUCUCACCUGCAUCUGCCACAGACAAGCUGAGAAGUGCUAGCCCAUGCUACAACAGCUCAGCAAAAGGAUGGUGUGAACAGCAUCACCCUUUCCCACCAAGCCGGGAGACCCCUGACACCCCAGUGAGGGGCCACGUUGUGUUGCUCACCUCUUUUCUCCCUGCUCUUCUGCAAACCAGCUGAAAACAAGGGGUGGCAUUGCUUGAUUUCUGUGGGAGUUGUCUCCCCCUCCCUCCCACUCUCUCCUCCUCCUCCACACCCCUAACCUCACCCACCUCCACAUUUAGCUCCAUGGAUUGCUUUUAGCACCAACCUGUCCGUCUUCUUUCUCACUACGUUUUCUUUUUUUUUUCUUUUUCUUUUUGUCGAGGCUUCAGGGGAAUUGCCAAGACCUGUUUCAUGCAUGUCCACUGGCGGCAGGUUCAACUUUGACGAUGGGGGGUCAUACUGCGGAGGGUGGGAGGAGGGCAAGGCGCACGGCCACGGGAUCUGCACAGGACCCAAGGGCCAGGGUGAGUACUGCGGUUCCUGGGCCCAUGGAUUCGAAUUGCUGGGCGUCUACACCUGGCCCAGCGGGAACACCUACCAGGGCACCUGGGCUCAGGGCAAGAGACACGGCGUGGGCAUCGAGAAUAAAGGCCGCUGGGUGUACAAGGGCGAGUGGACGCAUGGCUUUAAGGGACGCUACGGCCUGCGGGAGAGCACAGGUACGAGUGGGAAGUACGAGGGGACCUGGAACAACGGGCUGCAAGACGGAUACGGAACAGAGACGUACUCAGAUGGAGGUAAGAUUGGGAGUUGA